AUGGCUUUCCGAAUUCUGCUCCUCCUGAGUGUCCUGCCUUCUUAUCAUGGAUUCAACCUGGAUGUGGAAGAGCCCAUAGUCUUCAGUGUGGACGCAGCUGGUUUUGGGCAGACUGUGGUGCAGUUUGGUGGAUCUCGGCUUGUGGUGGGAGCCCCCCUGGAGGUGGUGGCCAUCAACCAAACAGGACAGUUAUAUGACUGUACGUGUAUCACCGGCACGUGCCAACCCAUCUCAUUACACAUCGCACCAGAGGCUGUGAACAUGUCCUUGGGCCUGUCGCUGGCAGCCUCCAGGAAUGGCUCCUGGCUGCUGGCCUGUGGUCCGACUGUGCACAGAGCUUGUGGGGAGAACAUGUAUGCAAAAGGCUCCUGCCUCCUUUUGGGCUCCCAUAUGCAGAUCAUCCGGACAGUCCCAGGUGCCCUGCCAGAGUGUUCAAAUCAAGAGGUGGACGUUGUCUUCCUGAUUGAUGGUUCUGGCAGCAUUGAUGAAAGUGACUUUAACCAGAUGAAGGAUUUUGUCAGAGCUGUGAUGGACCAGUUUAAGGGCACCAACACUCUGUUUUCUCUGAUGCAGUACUCAAACAUCAUGGAAACCCACUUCACCUUCAACAAAUUCCGGACCAGUUUGAGCCCUCAGAAGCUGGUGGAUCCCAUCGUCCAACAGAAAGGCCUGACAUUCACAGCCACCGGCAUCCUGAAAGUGGUGACAGAGCUAUUUCAUAGCAAAAAUGGGGCCCGAAAAGGUGCCAAGAAGAUCCUCAUUGUCAUCACGGAUGGGCAGAAGUAUAGAGACCCCCUGGAGUACAGUGAUGUAAUUCCCAAGGCAGAGAAAGCUGGCAUCAUCCGCUAUGCCAUUGGGGUGGGAGAUGCUUUCCAGGAGCCCACUGCCAAGCAAGAGCUGAGCACCAUUGGCUCAGUGCCCCCACAGGACCACGUGUUCAAGGUGGACAACUUUGCAGCACUUGGCAGCAUCCAGAAGCAGCUGCAGGAGAAGAUCUUUGCUGUUGAAGGAACCCAAUCAAGGACAAGUAGCUCCUUUCAGCAUGAGAUGUCACAAGAAGGCUUCAGUUCAGUGUUCACAAUGGAUGGACCAGUUCUGGGAGCUGUGGGGAGCUUCAGCUGGUCUGGAGGUGCCUUCCUGUACCCCCCACGUAUGAACCCCACCUUCAUCAACAUGUCUCAGGAGAAUGUGGACAUGAGGGACUCUUACCUGGGUUACUCCAGUGAGCUGGCCAUUUGGAAAGGGGUACACAGCCUGGUCUUGGGGGCCCCUCGCCACCAGCACACCGGGAAGGUUGUCAUCUUCACCCAGACAUUUGGGCAAUGGCGGCCGAAGGCUGAAGUCACAGGGACCCAGGUCGGCUCCUAUUUUGGGGCUUCCCUCUGCUCUGUGGAUAUGGACAAAGAUGGCAGCACCGACCUGGUCCUCAUUGGGGCUCCCCAUUACUAUGAGCAGACCCGAGGAGGGCAGGUGUCCGUGUGCCCCAUGCCCAGGGGGCAGAGCAGUUGGCGGUGUGAGGUCAUUCUCCGUGGGGAGCAGGGCCAUCCCUGGGGUCGCUUUGGAGCAGCUCUGACAGUGCUGGGGGAUGUUAAUGGGGACCAUCUGACAGAUGUGGCCAUUGGGGCCCCUGGAGAGCAGGAGAACCAGGGUGCUGUUUACUUAUUUCAUGGAACCUCAGGACUGGACAUCAGCACCUCCCACAGCCAGCGGAUCACUGGCUCCCAGUUCUCCACAAGGCUCCAGUAUUUUGGGCAGUCGCUAAGCGGUGGUCAGGACCUCACUCAGGAUGGACUGGUGGAUCUGGCUGUGGGGGCCCAGGGGCACGUGCUACUCCUCAGGAGUCUGCCUGUGUUGAAAGUGGGAGUAGCUAUGAGAUUCACCCCCGUGGAGGUGGCAAAGGUUGUGUACCAGUGCUGGGAAGAGAUGCCCACCACCCUGGAAGCUGCAGAGGCCACAGUCUGUCUCACUAUCCACAAGAGCUCACUUGACCAGUUAGGUGAUGUCCAAAGCUCUAUCAAGUAUGAUCUGGCUUUGGACCCAGGUCGUCUGAUUUCUCGUGUCAUUUUUGAUGAGACCAAGAACUGGACUUUAACGCGAAGAAAAACCUUGGGGCUUGGGGAUCACUGUGAAACUGUGAAGUUGCUUUUGCCAGACUGUGUGGAGGAUGUGGUGACCCCCAUCAUCCUGCGCCUCAACUUCUCCCUAGUGGGAGACUCCAUCUCAUCCCGGCACCUUCGCCCUGUGCUGGCUGAGGGCUCACAAGACUUCUUCACGGCUUCUCUUCCCUUUGAGAAGAACUGUGGGCAGGAUCACAUCUGUGAGGGGGACCUGAGUGUCAACUUUAGCUUCUCAGGCCUGCAGACCUUGAUGGUGGGAAGCUCCCUGGAGCUCAAUCUGAUAGUGACUGUGUGGAAUGAGGGAGAGGAUUCCUAUGGAACUGUGGUCAACUUCUACUACCCAGCAGGACUAUCCUACCGACGGGUGUCAGGAACACAGAAGCAACCACAUCAGCGUCCACUGCGUCUGGCAUGUGAGGCAAACCCCGCUGGGAAUGAAGGCCUGAGGAGCAGCAGCUGUAGCAUCAACCACCCCAUUUUCCGAGAGGGUACUAUGGGCACCUUCGUAAUCACAUUUGAUAUCUCCUACAAGGCCACCCUGGGAGACAAGUUGCUUGUGAGGGCCAAUGCAAGCAGUGAGAAUAAUAAGCCUGCAAGCAACAAAACUAACUUCCAGCUAGAAAUCCCAGUGAAAUAUGCAGUGUACACAAUGAUCAGCAGACAGGAAGAGUCCACCAAGUACUUAAACUUUUCUAUUUCUGAUGAGAGCACCAAGAAAGAGGCAGAACAUCGAUACCAUGUGAAUAACCUAGGUCAGCGAGAUCUGGCCAUCAGCAUCAAUUUCUGGGUUCCCAUCCUGCUGAAUGGAGUGGCUGUGUGGGAUGUAGUCAUGAUGGCCCCUUCACAGAGUCUCCCCUGUGUGUCAGAGCAGGAACCUCCGCGGCACUCUGACUUCCUGACCCAGAUUCCAAGGAGUUCUGUGCUGGACUGUUCCAUUGCUGACUGCCUGAGGUUCCACUGUGACAUCCCCUCCUUCGGCAUCCAGGAAGAGCUUGACUUUAUCCUGAAGGGCAACCUCAGCUUCAGCUGGGUUAACCAGACAUUGCAGAAGAAGGUGUUGGUCAUGAGUGUGGCUGAAAUCACGUUCGACAGAUCUGUGUAUUCCCAGCUUCCAGGACAGGAGGCAUUUUUGAGAGCCCAGAUGGAGACCCUACUAGAAGAAUAUGAGGUCUACAACCCCAUCCCCCUCAUCGUGGGCAGCUGUGUGGGAGGUCUGCUGCUGCUGGCUCUCAUCACAGCCACGUUGUACAAGCUUGGCUUCUUCAAACGUCAGUACAAAGAAAUGCUAGGUGGAAAGCCUGAAGACACUGCCACAUGCAGAGGGGAGAAUUUUACCUGUGAGGCACCGAAUUUGUCUUUGUCUUAAUAAUCCACUUUUCCUGUUUAUCUCUACUCCCAUGCCUGUGAACCUACUUUCAUGGGAAUAACUUCUAUGUAGAUCUAGACUUGCCCGAUAGGUUACUCAGGCCACCUUCCCGAGAAGAUGAAAGAUUUUUAUAUUUGUACAUCUCUCUUUUUUAGGAGUAGAUAUGAUGCCAGCAUAAAUUUUCAUAUGGAUAAGAUUUGUGACACAAACUGAAAAUAUUUAUCACGUUUUCUUUGUAUGGAAGAGUUCUAACCCAGGGACGUGGUUCUAGGAAUAGCUGGGGGAACCAAAUUGUGGGAUUAAAAAUGUCCUCUCACUUUCUUAGAUACCUGGGAGCAUCAGGGGAGAGGCUUAAAGAAAGUAAGUGUGUGUGUGCCCUGUGACCACAUUUGGUCUGUCAUGGGCUACAGCACAGACUUAAGUCAUGAAAAGUGGGAAAGGGAAUGGAAUGUUUAGUCAGAGCUCAUUUGAACUCAAGUCCCAUUUGAAUGGGGCCCCCAAAAGCCAGGAGAACCAGGCUUCCAGAAAGGACCAUCUGAUUUCCAGACUAACACAGAAAACCUAUUAAAGAUCAUCAUAGAGAAUGACCAAAUCCAGAAUUAGGUCAUGACACCUCACACAGAGGCCCAGGUGUGAAAUUAGGGCUACCGAUGCUGUGGGUGUGGGCUAGAUGUGUCAGGGGAGGGCUACUUCAGGGUCUGCAUUCCCUGGAUUUCCACAGGCCUUUGAUAGGCUGCCUAAAUGUAGACAGUGAAGUCGCUGAGAUCUCAGGCUCCUCCUCUAGAGAAGGGGAACAAAAUUAUAUCUUGCUUCAAGUUACUGCAGGGAUCCAGUGUAUGUGAAAGCCCUGUCCAGCCUAGAGACCUAAUUAUUAAUAGGUGAGAGAGCAGGAGAGAUCGCCUGUUCACAGAGGUCCCUUGAGCACUGGCCAUUAUUAGCAGCUUGGGAGUAACAAGGGAGGUCAACCACACAGAGCGCUGAUGGGCAUUGCCGCAGACAAGCCUACAGUCCAGCCUGGCCCCACCCAACCCUCUGGCCUGCUGUUCCCAAAUAGCCUAAGGACACAAAACUUUCACAUGUUUAUUGUGCUUGGGUUUGUCCCCCUGGGACUUCAGGGGUGUUCAUAGCCCGUGGGCAGAGGGUUGACGUGGGGAUUGUGGAAAAGAGUGUGGUUGCCAUCCCCCCAGGCGAAGGGCUGUAGAGAGAGCAGAGGGGGAGAGAGCGUGUCAGUGUGGUCCAGGCCAGGGGUCCCCACACCCACUUUGCCCACCCUCUGGGUCCUGCAUACCUUGGUGCGGAUGCGGAGGUGGUGGUAGGGGAUGAAUUCUGGGCGCUCCCGGUGGGCCCCGUGGAGCCAGCAGUUGAGGGUGCACAAGGCCACGCUGGGGAGCGCCAGCACGAAGGUCAGGAGGCGCCAGGUGCCGGCUGGGCAGAAGGAAAGGUGAGGAUGAGAGAGAAGGUCAAUGACACUGGGCCAGGAGGCCCUUGGAAAGUCUGGGGUCGCACAGCCGGUGUUGGAGGUUGCCUGGAGGCAAGUGUGUGUGUGUGUGGCCGGUGGACAAGGCCAGUAAGCCAGAGGGUCAGGUGCCCUGGCCCCACUCACCUCCUGCCCCUCCAUGGUCUCCCUUGGCAGCGCUGGCCAAGCCCCUAGUCAAGGACCUCAGAGGCAGAGCCAUUGUGGAGAGAGAAGCUAGGACUGGCACUGUCCUUCCACUCUCCUUCACUGAGGCCUACGUUCUCCUCCCCUCAUUCUGAGCCAAUCACCUGUUGAGUCGGAACUUGGGUGGCUAUUUUUAGGGAUCGUCUAUAUUUAAAGUGGGGCCCAACUGGGAGGAGAUCCUCUCCAGACAGUGACUUAGUGUUUCUUUUAUUUUGACAAGGGGACAUGUAAAGUACAAUAUGCUAUUUUUUUAUAGUUGCAGGGAACUAUUUUAUUCCAUGUUCCCGGUGGCUGGCACACAGUAGACCUUUAAUAAAUAUUUGUAGAAUAGAUCAGAGGUCUUUUUGAAUCUAUGUGUCAAACUGUAAAAUCUAUAAUUUGUACUUAAUUUUUUUUCUAAUCAAGUUUAAGUAAAACAGAAGUGUGCCAGCUUAAAGUCUGACACAAAACAGUAGUUAAGUAUGUAUUUUAAUCACAGUUCCUUGCUGUGAACAGAACUCACUCUCACUAGUUUUGAAAGAUAAGCAGUUGACAAUCUUAGGUAGCUCAGGGUAUUUUUGGGUUAAGCCAGAGAGGUCUCAAUCUGCACAGUAAGAAAGGAACCAUUCUGUGGGCUACCGCUCACACUGGUGAACCCUGGAUGCCAAAAGCUUCCAUUAACACAGCCUUUGGAAGCUAGAAUCAUCCAUCCUUGCCCUGUUUUGAAAAUUAUUUCCUUGUGAAGCUUAUUUCCAUAGAUUAUUCUUCUGAAUCAAUAAACCUUGUGGUUGCACCAGUUGGCAAUACCUGGGUCAUUUUGCUUGUGCUCUCGCUGCAAGAAAGUCUGGGAAACAGUGGGUCCUGGCUUCUUAGGCAGGAAACAGUGGGGAAAAUCUCCAAACACAGGAAGGUUAUUCAGAAGAUCCUGGGCAGCCUCAAAUCUAGCAAAUGUCUUCUGCAAAGUGUGUUAUUUCAAUCUGACUUCUUGGAAAGAAAGAAGAAAGCACAGGCAGGCCUGCAUAAAGCUUGUAUCAAAGCAGGUCGCCAGAAAGUGACGGGACCAGGCAGAGAUGACAUCUGUCUUGUUCACUGUCAUAUCCUCAGCACCCAGCAUGGAA